AUGGACAUUGUGUUCGAUCAAGAAGAUGAAAUUUAUGACUAUGACAUUUUUGCUAGCGACGUAAAACACGCUCUCUUUACGCCUGAGCAAGCAGUUGACGAAAUGAUGCAGUCUUGGAACAUCAUAGCAUUUGACGUUGGUCUGGUGCCCAAAGCUCAGUUGCCGCCAUUGAAUACGAUAUUUUCAUUGGAGAUACAAAGCGACGUGGAAGGAACGAAUACCAAUGAUGGUGAUUUGUCAGACUUAGAUGGUAACGGAUCGAAUGUCAAUGGCGGUCCGCCAGACAUGGAUGUUGACGCUGCUAAUCCUCCAACAAAUCACGAAGAAUCCCCACAGAGACGGCCACUGAGACAAGCCAUGAUGAAUACUCGAACAAUCAUACGUAUUCGAAAGAAGCUAAUUGUAUGA